AUGCCUGUCAAUAUGAGAUUGAUCAACCGCGAAGAGACUACAGAGAAUCAGAUAGCUGGAUCCUUUUCAACACCAAUAACCGCGCGAAGACAACGCAAUAAUCAAGCCCAAGAUAAUCCUCCAGAACGCGAAGAUAUGAAAGAUCAUGAUGAACCAAGCUGCUGUCUUCUAAUGAUGCUCAUGAUGACCGCCAAUAUCGACGCCAAAACGAUGGAAAUACCGAUAACGAUGCCAGGCCACAGUGCCUAUAUGAUGCCAGGCCCCAGUGCCUACGAUGCCCAUACCGAUGACCAUGAUGCCAGGCCACAGCCCCAGUGCCUAUAUGAUGCCAGGCCACAGUGCCUAUAUGAUGCCAAGCCCCAGUCCCUAUAUGAUGCCAGGCCCCAGUGCCUAUAUGAUGCCAGGCCACAGUGCCUACGAUGCCAGGCCCCAGUGCCUACGAUGCCAGGCCCCAGUGCCUAUAUGAUGCCAGGCCACAGUGCCUACGAUGCCAGGCCCCAGUGCCUAUAUGAUGCCGGGCCACCGAUUGCCCAUAUGAUGACCUAUGCCGAUGACCUAUGCCGAUGA